GGUGAAAUAUAACCAUGGCUAGCGAAGGAGUUGAUGAUUGGGAUGAGCCUUUACCUUCUUCGUCCACAAUUGAACCCGAGGAAGAAGAAAUGUUGGAGGACAAGAAAGAAGAGCACGAAAAUAUGGUAAAACUAAAAACCUAUGUGGCGCGCAUGGCAUAUAAACCCUCACCGCCGCUCAGUGUUCGGCCGCGUACCGAUCGAAUUGCCGCAACGCAGAAACGCCACAUUGUUGACAGUUAUGUUGGGUAUGGAAAAGUGUUGACGCCCAAGGAGAGACGCCAGCGUGUCAAACGAUUAGCGCGUAAAUAUAAUGCAAUAUCUACGGAACAAUUAGAACAGAUUAUUAAGAAUCAAAAAUGUAAGGAGCGUAAACUAGAGGAUCUCCACAAACGCAAACAGGAGCUUUACUAUGAGAUGCUCACCAAGCUGGAACGCCAAUGUCGCACGCAAUAUCUAAACGUGUUGAUUAAGAAAUUUUCAAACUUCAUUGCGAAGUUGGCUACCACAAUGCAGAUACCACCACAGCUGGUUGAGCCUUAUUCGCGUAUGCAACGCGGCAUAUUCUGCAAUAUUCUGUUGGCCAUCGGAGUACAACCCACUAACCAAAAUGCCAUUUAUUACACCACACCCGAAGCGAUGGAGUACGAAGUGUGUCACAAAUUGGCACAUGCCUUGCUGAGUCUUAUCAUAAAAGCACUUGAUUCAGCCUCCACUAAGCAUCCGGAUGAGAUUGUACCACAAGAGGGCGACUUUGAAAUGGACCGCUAUAUCAAAGACCGUUUGAUGUGCGCUGCUGAAAAGAAAAUAUUGAAUACACGCAAUCAGGCUCAUCAAACAAAGUUGAAUCGCUCAAAUGCACUAGCUUUAAUGCUGAGGAGAUGCGAAAACUGCAGCGUGAAAAAUUGUGUAUAGUAAAAUCUUAU